AUGGCGAUUAAUAAGUGGAUAUGGACUCCAAUGAAGCGGCGCCCAAAUCCAAUGCGGAAGGAAGAUGAUGAUCCACCUUCUCCUCCUCGGCUGGAGUAUGAUGUGUUUUUAAGUUUCAGGGGUCGUGAUACUCGCAAGGGUAUUGCAAACCUUUUAUACAAGGAAUUGGAAUCAAGUGGAAUUAAAACGUUCAUGGAUGAGGAAGGGCUUAAAGUAGGGGCCGAAAUUUCCUCAAAUCUGCUGAAGGCAAUCAAAGAAUCGAGGUCUGCAAUUGUUCUUCUCUCACCAAAUUAUGCUACUUCCCCAUGGUGUUUGAAUGAGCUUGCAAGCAUUAUUCAAGGCUUUGAAACCAGGAACACAACAGUUAUUCCAAUUUUCUAUAAUGUGGAAGCUUGUGACGUCCGACAUCAAAUGGGGAGUUUUAAAGAAGCCUUCAUCAGACACGAACAAAGGAAAGAAGAGAAGGUGGAGCACUGGAAAGCUGCUCUAACCACAGUGGCCAACCUCUCAGGCUUGGAACUAAAAAACUAUCGGUCUGAGAGACAGCUCGUUGAAGACAUUGUGCAACGUGUGUACAGUAUAGUACGAGAUCUGGAAAUUGAGUCUCCUGAAGAUUUUGUAGAAUAUGAAGCAACAAGAAAAGCCAUGGGUAAGAUAAUGAAUGCGCUUAAGGAUGAUAGGUUCACUGCCAUUGGUAUCUAUGGAACUGGAGGCAUCGGUAAGACAACAAUGGCAAGACAUGUUGCUGCAGAAGCCAAAAGAAAAGGGAUUUUUGAUCAUGUGGCGAUGGCUGUUGUGACACACAAACCUGUCUUGAAAGACAUUCAAGGCCAAUUAGCAGUUCAGUUGGGUGUCAAAUUGGAUGAGAAAGAGACAAUCCAUGAAGGAACUAGUAAAUUGAGUCAGGUGAUAAUGCGUAAAAAUAAGAUCCUUAUAAUCUUGGAUGACAUAUGGAAGAAAACAGAUUUGUCCCUCAUUGGAAUUCCUAGCUACAAGAUGCUUGAAGAUCGCAGUUCCAAAGUCCUCCUCACCACAAGGAAUUCCAAGGUUUGCAGUUCCAUGGAUAGCCACCCAAUUGCUCUCGAUAUGCUAAACCAUGAAGAUUCUUGGAACUUAUUUGUGAAGAAAACAAGAAUGUCUUCUGAAAAAUUGGCCGUUGUCAAUGAAGAAGCAAGUAUUCUAGUGAAAGAGUGCGCUGGUCUCCCAAUCGCGUUGGUUGCAAUUGCUAGAGCACUUAGAGAUGAAGAUAUCACGGAAUGGAAACAAGCAGCUGAACGACUAAAGUCUUCUCAACGUAGAAACAUUGAUACUGUUGUGCUCAAUUGUAUUAAGCUAAGCUAUGAUCGAUUGACAUCUGAAGAUGCCAAAUUAUGCUUCUUGCUUUGCUGCCUAUUCCCAGAGGACUAUGAUAUCCAAAUUGAAGAGUUGAUGAUGUAUGCAUUCGGGAAAGGAUUGUUCCGUGAGGGCAAUACAUUGCAAGAGGCCAGAAUCGAUUGCCAUUCUGCAGUCAGGUCCCUUAAAUCUUCUAGCUUGCUUUUGGGCUCUAAACAUGAUGGACAUGUACGGAUGCAUGAUGUCAUCAGAAAUGUUGCCAGAAAAAUUUCGUCAUCUGAAGAUGGCCAAUCUGUUUUCCAUGGAGCUGGUCGUCAGUUUCAGACGUGGCCGAAGAUCGAAAGAGACUACUGCGCAAUCUCAUUAAUGAUGAACAAAAUCAGAAAGCUUCCCAAGAAUUUGGUAUGUUCGGAACUCAAGGUAUUGUUGUUACAACACAACCCAAAUGUCAGUACGAUCCCGGAGUCUUUUCUUGGAUGCCUGAGGGAGUUAAGCGUCCUAAAUCUUAGCAAAACUAGUAUUUCUGUGCUACCCCUAUCAUUUUCUCUCCUAACCAAUCUUCACAGUUUGCAUUUAGAUUCUUGUGUGAAAAUUUCCGACAUAUCUGUUCUCGGAAAACUUGAAAAGCUUGAGAUUCUUAGUCUGAUAGAAUGUUGCCCUGAGGAAGUUCCAGAAGCAAUAGGAAAUUUAAGCAGGCUAAGAAUGCUGGACAUCAGUGAAUCACCGGUUGUUAAAAUUGCAUCGCAAGUGAUAUCCCGUUUAAGUGGGUUAGAGGAACUUUAUAUGCAAUGUGAUUUUGUGGAUUGGAGGAAUGAAGUUGAGGAAGCAGGAAAAGAAACAAACAUUGGCUUUGAUGAGUUAACUGGCUCUUCAUAUUUACGCAUUUUGAAGGUUGGGAUACCUAAUGCAAUGGUCUUACCUAAGAAUGUUGAAGACCAUCCAGAUUGGCUCUACUUUGAUAUAUGUAUCAGCAGUGACUCUGAAGUCAGAGAAUCCACUUGGAAGCCACACUCCUCUCAUGAUUAUUCAAGAACCUUGACUCUUAGCACACCGAUUCAUAACUUGCCGAAGUGGUUUACUGACGUGGUGACAGAGAAAGCAGAGAAACUACAUUACAGAAAGUGCAAGGGCUUAUAUAACAUUCUUGUGGAGUAUGACUGUGGGAGAUUAAAUGAGUUGAGGUAUCUCUCUAUAAUUGGGCCCAAUGAGAAUUUGAAGGAGUUGAUGAACGCAGAUGCAAGGGAUUCAAAUAAUGCUGCAUUCCCGAAGUUGGAAGAGUUACAUCUCUUCAAGGUUGAAAACAUCAACAACUUAUGUGUUGGUAACUUACCUCCUGGGUCUCUAUGCAAGCUCAAGUUAUUGGAUGUAAGGAAAUGUCAUAACUUGGUGAAUGCUCUUUUACAAUCACCUUUGUUGGAGAGACUGCAAUUUCUGGAGAAGCUUCUUUGUGCACAUCUGAAUCGCUUGGAAUAUGUGUUUGGCCCUGGCAAAACUACUGCCUGUGAAAAGUUGAAAGAGAUGAGACUGUGCAGAUUACCAGAACUCAUAAAGAUAUGGAGUGGUCAGGCUCCACAUGCAAUCUUCCGUAAUCUUAAAAUUUUGGCAGUUAGUGGGUGCAAGAAGCUGAAAAGUCUCUUCACGUCCGAUAUAGCUCAUUGUCUAUUGCAAUUGGAAGACCUUUGGGUGCAUUCAUGCUUUAGCUUGGACCGAAUUGUUGAACUGAGCGAGGAAACAGGGAAGAGGAAUGACCUUUUUCCAAAAUUACAGAACUUAGUCUUGGAAGAUCUUCCUCUGCUCAGAAGGUUGUAUAGUAACAGUAGCGGAGGUCCAACUUCAUUGGAGAUAGAGUUUCUCUCCUUAGAAUACUUCUACAAGUUGGAAUGUCCCCGGUUCUCCCCUCCUAAUUUCCACAGCAAUAAGCAAGUCCAAGUCAAUGAUAUACAACAUUAUAGCGCUCUAAAGGAAAGGUUAUGGGAGAACAUGGAACUUGAGUUUACAAUUUCUGAAGACGAGCGGCGUCGGUGGAAGUAUGAUGUAUUGACACUGGCAGUAUCACAUCUGAACUAUACGAUAGACUGCAGCGGAGUGGGGUUUCUACCUUCAUCGAUGACUCAGGAACUUGCAAAAAUCUACGAGUGCAUGAUACAUCAGAACAUUUUUCCUAUUUUUUAUCAUGUGGAGCCCUCUGAUGUUCGAUAUCAGAAGAAAAGUUUCGAAGAUGCUUUUACCCAGCAUGAAAACUCGAGGCGACACGGAGACAAGGUGGACACGUGGAGAGAUGUUUUGAAACAAGUAUCCAAUUUCUCUGGGUGGCAUACAGAGAAUUACAAGACUGAGAGAGAACUUGUGGACGCAAUUGUGGAUUCUGUGCUCAGUAAAGUACAACAUGGUGAAAUUGAGUUUACAGUGUCCGGGGGAGAUUUUCAGGCAUUUGGAGCUACAAGACAAGCCAUGGAUAAGGUUAUGGAGACCCUUAAAGAUGACAAGGUCACUCUCAUUGGGGUCCACGGCAUGGGCGGCGUCGGCAAGACAACCAUGGUAAAACAUGCCGCUGCAAAAUCCAAGGAAAAUGGGACUUUUCGUCGUGUGAUUAUGGUUGUUCUAUCCCAAAUCCCCGACUUGAGUAGAAUUCAGGCCACAAUAGCAGAAAAUUUGGGCUUUAGAUUGGAGGAGCAGACAGAAAUGGGAAGAGCUGCUAGAUUGCGUAAGGAGAUAAUGGGAAGAGAAAAGAUCCUUAUAAUCUUAGAUAACAUAUGGGAGAUAAUAGAGUUGAAAAGCAUAGGUAUUCCCAGCUUCAGGGACCUUCAAAAGUGUGGCUCCAAACUCCUAAUCACCACAAGGAGGUUGACUGUUUGUUUUUCCAUGAGUUGUCAAAGAACAAUUCCUCUCAAUAUCUUAUCGGAAGAAGAUUCUUGGACCUUGUUUGUGAGAAAUGCAGGAACAAUUCCUUUUGAGUCCACCACAUUUGAGCAUGUGGCAAGGAAGGUUGCUAGAGAAUGUAGAGGUCUGCCGGUUGCAUUGAUAGAUGUUGCAUGGGAACUCAGAGAUAAAGACUUGGUAAACUCGGAACUAGCAGUUAGAAGACUAGAGAAGUCACAAUUUGCCAGCCUUGGCAAUCACAGAGUAGCAUUUGAAUGUAUAAAAUUAAGCUAUGAUUACUUGAAAAAUGAAGAUGACAAGUCAUUGUUCUUGCUCUGUUGUUUAUUCCCAGAAGACUUUGACAUCCCACUAGAAGACUUGUUCAAGUAUGCAAUUGGGAAAGGAUUGUUUCAAUAUGCCGAAACAAUUGAAGAAGCCAGAGAAGCAGCAUAUGCUACGGUCAGGUACCUAAAAAAUUGUAGCUUGCUUUUGGAUAGUGGAGAAGAUGGAUGUGUAAGGAUGCAUGAUGUCGUCCGAGAUACAGCCCUGAAUAUUGUACAAUCUGAAGUUCAGCGUGGGGCUUUUUUUAAAGCUGGCUCUGGUUUAAAGGGUUGGCCGACACACGGAUUACAUGAAGGCUGCACUGUUAUUUCACUGAUGAAGAACGAAAUUCGCAAGCUACCUGAAGAAGAGCUGGUAUGUCCAAAUCUCCAGAUUUUAUUACUACAAGAUAAUGCUGAUUUGAAUGAGAUCCCUGAAAAGUUUAUCCAAAGUCUGAAUGAAUUAAGGCUCUUGGAUGUUAGCAACACUAGUAUUUCCUCUCUACCCCAAUCAAUCAGUCUUCUCACCAACCUCCAAGCUUUGUAUUUAGAUUUUUGCAAGAGAUUGAUUGACAUUUCCAUAGUGGGAAGACUUAAGGAGCUUGAAAUUCUUAGUAUGAGAGAAUGUCACCUCGAGGAAUUCCCGAGAGAAAUAGAAGAGUUGACCAAUCUAAGAAUUUUGGAUGUCAGUUGCGCUGAAUUUCUCAUAAUUCCAUCUAAAGUGAUAUCAAAGUUGUAUAGACUAGAAGAACUGUAUAUACUGAACUGUGGAUUUGAAAAUUUGGGGAGUAAAGUUGAGAGAGAAGGAGAAGAAACUGAAUUGGAUUUUGCUGGUUUGCCAAGUUUGAAAAUUGUGCAGGUUUGCAUAUCUGAUGCAAAAUACAUUCCGAGAAAUGUUGAGGUCAAACCAGAUUGGGAUUACUUUUAUAUACUUAUCGGGGGAUCCACCAGGUAUUCAUACAAGCGAUAUCAUCAUAAGUCAAGAUCCUUGGUCCUUCAGACUACCAUGAGUACUUUAUCUGAAUGGUUUAUCAACGUGGUGACAAAGAGAACAGAGAAGAUCGAGUAUGAUUGCUGCGAAGGAAUGAGUGACAUUGUUAAGGAAUAUGACCAUGGGAGGUUACACAAACUGAAACAUCUCACAGUACGUGGUAGUCUUCUUGAUUCUUAUGUGUGCUUGAAAGAGUUGAUGAACACAAGAAGACGAGUUCAAAGAGGACCAGUGUAUGGGAAUUUGGAAGAGUUGCAUCUGAUAAAUCUGAUCGAGCUUUAA